CUACACGUCUGUGUGACCAGCUACAGCCUUGUACAGAACAAAAAAACCACUUCCUUUACUUUUUAUAGUCCAAAUAGAGAAGUAAGCAGAAGACAGACAGAUGCGUAUGCAUUGGUUUGGAUUCCAUCAUUUGACAGAGCUCCUUUACACAUCGCUCAUCUCUCUUCACGCGCUCAACAUAACGUACGUUUUUAUUAAUACAAACCAAAUUCGUCUUGGAAAUAAUUCAAGAUCAUCAGCAAUAUCAACAACAAGCAACAUGAAGGGUCUGCUCCUCCUGUUAUGCUACGUAGAACUCCUUGGUUCCCUAUUAUGCCAUGCUGGAACUAUUGGAACUUCUAAUAAUGUAAUUCAGACUCCUCCAAAUCUUGCCGCAACUACACAAAACAGCAAGUCAGAUCCAGAAUCCACUUUAUCAACCACAUCCCGAUCUGAUCUGAAAGGGGUUGCCAUCACUCACUCUGACUCACUUGCAACAGCCUCCCUGGAUUACAGCAGUCAUAGCAGUUCAAUUUCAUCUGGCAAACAUCAGCCCACAACCAUUUGUACUACCACCACUUCCCCCGCUUUCAUUAUAUACAGGAAAGAAUGUCUGCCAUUGCUCAUUGUGAGCGGCGGAUUGAUCAUAGCUUGUACCAUUCUGCUGGUUUCUACACUGUUGUUGAUUUGGAAGGUGUGCCAGCUGAGCAGAUGCAUCAAGAUGCUGAGCAGCAACACAGACCUGAUCAGCACCUCUGAAUACAGGAUGGGAACUGCCAAGAGAAACAAAAACGCGUCCGAGCUAGAAGCCAAAGAGAACACGGUGUUGAUGUCCGACAUUGGUCAAACGCAGGAGGACUUGGUUAAUGGAACCACCAAGGAAGAUAGUGAGAAUGUAAAGGAGGAUGGACAAAAGGAGGAGAAGAAGAAGGAAGAAAUAGCAAAGAGUGAGGAAGCUUCGGCUGAUACUGUAACCAUUGUGGAAAAUGCUUCAAAGCCACAAGAAGAAGCCACUGACUCCAAGUCCACCGAAGCCGCACCCACCUCCAACUGUAAAGGCACAGAGGAACCAAAAGAUGACGUCUAGGUUUGAGUGUGAGUGCCAAAGCGUUUCCUGAGCACCUGCAUUUACUUCCCCAUAGCUUUACAGUAGGGAUACUUUCUUUCAGCAGCUUUUCCUGUAUAGGAAGUCGUUCAACCGCAGCUAAAUGUGUCAAACUGUGCACUGAGCAUUGUUGCUUUAAAGCAAUUGGUUGAUGCUGUUCUUCUUUGUUAUUAGUGAUUUUAUAUUGAAAUAUAUCAAAGGAAUAUUUUUACCUUUCCACUGAAAAAAAAGGAAACGUUGACUUCAAUUAAAUGUAGUAUGUCAACCGAUUUCCCAUAACUGUAUUAGGUUAUUUGAAAGCAAUGAUAUUAUGAUAAAAUAUAAGGUACAACUUUAUAUUAUUGCUUUUAAGUAUCCUAAUACAGUUAAAAACACUUAAUUAAAGUCAACCUUUCAGUUUUUUCAGUGUACAAAAUGGCCAUCAAAUACUCAUCAAAUAAGAAGAUGGUGGAUCUGAGACGGCACUGUCCAGUUGUCAUAAACAGGUACAUUAUUUAUGUAGACACCAAAACAGUUUUUGUUCCAGCCUGCAAACAUGAUUAUUUCUGCUUAGGCGUUAUGUAAUAAUGCUGUAUGGAGAUUGACUUGCUUUUGGAGCAAGCCUCAGGUGGCCAUUCGAGGAAAUGCAGUUUUUGGCACUGCUACUUUAGCUUAAUUUUUCAGCCUUAGAGUGGCCACUUUCACUUUUCUAUUUACAAUUCAUAACACGUUUUUUUUUUCGGGGGAUCUUCCGGUGCCAUGGAGGCAUUUGAAUAAAAAGAAAAAUGUAUUUGGGUGGGUAAUUAAUAUAUAAAUGGUCAUUUUUUCAUUUAUUGUUUUGAUAUUAUAAUGUUUGUUUGUGCAAGUCAAUAUGUGCUGUUAAAAAACGUUUUGAGAUGUAUAUACAGUUUUGACAUACGCACCAAAAGACGAAUAAAACCCGCCCUGAGAAAC